AGGUAGAGAGAGCCAGCGGACAAAAUGAAACAAUGCAUAUUAGUGUCUGUGUGAAUAUUGGUGUAAUUAAUUAGAGAGGCUGGCUAGCUGUGGAAUUGGGACAUGAUGCCUUAGAAACAUCUUCUGGUUUAAAUAGGGUGUUAGUAAAAGGCGAGUGUGUCUUGGCUACUACUUUGUAGCAUCUUCCCAAUGCUGAUGCAGCGUCUCGGAAGGAUUAUUGACAAGGAGAGAGCAUCAGGGUGGUGGAAAAAUGCCUGUGAUGAAAGGUUUGCUUGCUCCGCAGAAUACUUUCUUGGACACCAUCGCUACAAGAUUUGACGGGACCCACAGUAAUUUUCUGUUGGGAAAUGCCCAAGUUCUACAUGGCUUCCCUAUUGUGUAUUGCUCCGAUGGCUUCUGUGAACUCACAGGUUUUGGUCGCACAGAGGUCAUGCAAAAGAACUGUAGCUGCCGUUUUCUAUAUGGGGUGGAGACCAGUGACACUGUCCUACAGGGCAUCCAAAGAGCACUGGAUGAGAAGCAGGAGUACCAGGCGGAGGUGUGCUUCUAUAAGAAAGACGGAGAACUCUUCUGGUGUCUCUUGGACCUUGUGCCCAUCAAAAAUGAGAAAGGAGAGGUGGUCCUCUUUCUUUUCUCAUUCAAGGACGUGACUGAGCACAGGAUGAGAGCCCCACACGGUGAGAGGAAGGACGAAAAACAGAGGAACCGUCGUCCUGGUGCUUCACAUUUCAGCUCGGCAAGAAGACAAAGCCGGACUAUGCUUUGUCACUUAACUGGUCAAGUCUCUGGACAAAACAAGAGUGACAUCAAACUCAAUAGCAACCUCUUAGAUAACAAGCCUUCCCUCCCCGAGUACAAAGUAGCGUCUGUCCAGAAACCUCGCUUCAUCCUUCUUCAUUACAGCAUCUUCAAAGCCCUCUGGGACUGGCUUAUCCUCUUAGCCACCUUUUACGUGGCUGUGACCGUUCCUUACAAUGUCUGCUUCACAGGCCAUGAUGACAGCAUCUCUGCAGCGCGAAGCACAAUUGUCAGUGACAUUGCUGUAGAAAUGCUGUUUAUUUUAGAUAUAAUUUUGAAUUUCCGCACAACCUAUGUCAGUCACUCUGGACAAGUGGUGUAUGACCCCCGCUCUAUCUGCAUCCACUACCUCGCCACCUGGUUCUUCGUGGACCUCAUUGCUGCUUUGCCCUUUGAUCUUCUCUAUGCAUUCAAUGUCACAGUGACAUCUCUGGUCCAUCUGCUGAAGACCAUUCGGUUGUUGAGGCUGCUGAGGUUGUUGCAGAAGCUGGAUAGGUAUUCUCAGUACAGUGCAAUGGUGCUAACCCUACUUAUGUCCAUGUUUGCCCUCCUGGCUCACUGGAUGGCCUGUGUUUGGUAUGUAAUUGGACGCAAAGAGAUGGAGAGCAACGACCCUGUCACCUGGGACAUUGGUUGGCUCCAUGAACUUGGAAAAAGGCUUGAAGUGCCGUACAUAAAUAAUUCAAUUGGUGGACCCUCUGUUCGUAGUGCUUAUAUAGCAUCCCUCUACUUUACUCUCAGCAGCCUUACCAGUGUGGGAUUCGGCAAUGUUUGUGCCAAUACUGAUGCUGAGAAGAUCUUCUCCAUUUGCACUAUGCUGAUAGGAGCCCUGAUGCAUGCUGUAGUUUUUGGUAAUGUGACAGCCAUCAUCCAACGCAUGUACUCCCGCCGCUCUCUGUACCAUACACGAAUGAAGGACCUCAAGGAUUUUAUCCGUGUUCACCGUCUGCCUCAGCAGCUUAAACAACGUAUGCUAGAGUACUUCCAGACAACCUGGUCUGUCAAUAAUGGCAUUGAUGCCAAUGAGCUGCUAAAAGAUUUUCCAGAUGAGUUACGUGCCGAUAUAGCGAUGCAUCUCAACAAGGAUAUUCUGCAGCUUCCAGUUUUUGAACCUGCAAGCCGUGGAUGCCUACGGGCCCUCUCCCUGCACAUCAAGACUUCCUUUUGUGCCCCCGGAGAAUACCUAUUACGGCAGGGAGAUGCUCUGCAGGCGAACUACUUUGUAUGUUCAGGGUCUCUGGAAGUUUUGAAGGACAACAUGGUGCUGGCCAUUCUUGGGAAGGGUGAUCUAAUUGGUGCUGAUAUCUCCAGCAAGGAACAGGUGGUAAAAACGAAUGCCGAUGUGAAGGCUUUGACAUACUGUGAUCUUCAGUAUCUCACUCUACGAGGACUACUGGAGGUAUUGGAACUGUACCCAGAAUAUUCCAACAAAUUUAUGGCAGACAUCCACCACGACUUGACGUUUAACUUGCGUGAAGGCAGCGAGACGGAUGGCUGCUAUAGGUUUUCUAGAUCUCCACGACUAUCACAGCCUCGUCCAGAAUCUGGUACCACACCUGAUAAAAAGUUGACAUCAAUACUAGAAGACAAUGAUGAGGCAGAUGACUUUUUCCAUCACUCUCCUGCUACCAUGACACGUAGGAAACUCAUGCUGCCAAACCUUAAUAGUCCUGUGCGACGCGGCUCCUUGAGCAGCCUGCUCGGAGAUGAUCUGAGGCAAUUCUCUGCCUUCCGUCGUAACUGCCGGUCUCCAGUCCGUAACAGUCAUUGCCGCAGCCCUUCACCUCACUGUCGCAAUCCAGGGAAAGUGUCUGAUGCCGACUGUGUUGGCUCACGAAAGCCGGCCAAGCUUCUCAUUCCAUCUCUCAACACAUAUGGACCACCGGAUCUCAGCCCUCGAGUGGUAGAUGGGAUUGAGGACAGUGGAGAUUCUUCAGAGAACCAGACCUUUCAAUUCAACAUGGACAGCUCAAGGGGAAGAUCUCCAGUCCGACAGUCUCCAGUUGCAGGAAUAGAUUUAGUUAACCCAAUUUUAGCAGCUGAAGCAGAAGAGAUCAAGCAAAAUAUAUGUAGAUUAAACCAAGAGAUCAACAAUCUCAACCAAGAAGUUUCUCAGCUCAGCAAGGACCUACAGCAUAUGAUGCGCUUAUUACAAGCUCUCCUGGCUGUCCAGCAGUACAACCCCCCUUUGGCAUGUCCCUACACAGUUCAAGUAGUUUCUACCCCUCCUGCGGGCCACAUGAACUGUAAUGAGCAGCAGCCUAGGCCCACCUAUCCCAUACCACACUCCCUGCAUCUGGUACAGGAAUCCUCCAUGCCCCGGACCCUUGGACAUGCAUCUUUAGCUUCGGACAUUCCUUAUAACCAAGUUCAUUUUACAAGGGUUUCUCCAGAUGCAUGUCCACGUCCUGCAGACUCAGAAUCUUUCCAUCCAGUGAGGGACUGCUGCUAUAUUCCAUCUAACACCAUAUGUUCUCCUGGAACACCAUUAUCACAUGGAGAUAUGGAAAGUGUGAGGUUGUUACAACAGACUGAAGAGUCUACUUCAAGCCCUAAGACUACUAACUAUGGUUCACCAAUCUCUGCACCUCUAGUUAUAAAUCGACCGACUCAUACUAUGACCUCUGUGAGUUCUGUUCAAUCUUUCACUGCUUGUACUGCUCAGAACUAUCCACCUCAAUCAACUUCCAGUAGGGACCCCGACAACCAGACUUGAACUAAUGCUGAGAUAAAAGCAGAACAAAAUAGGGGCCCACCAUGUUCUAAACAUGCUCUUCAUAGCACCUAUGGAAAGCUGAGAAACGUAUUUCCAAAAUAUAUUUUUAAGCAAGCACAAGAAGUUGAACAUCAUUUACUGAUAAUAUUCUAAUAGCUAGGUGCAUGUGCAUCCUUUGCCUGAAUUAUUACACGGACAAUGUAUUUUGAUAGAAGGUUUACAUGCAUAAGAGACUUGUACAAGUUAGGAGACCAUUGUAUAGCAUAUGGGGAAGGUCUGUGGCUUAAUGUAACACACAUUUUCAGGGACUCCUUUGAUGUAUUUACAUGAUCUUUAAUUUAGACACUCAUGUCUUUUAUGAAUGUUGUCCAGCACUCUUUAGGGGUCUAUUUACUAAGCCUUAAAUGGAGAUAAAGUGCA